AUGGCUUUGAUGAAUGGUAUGGACAAAACAGCAGAUGAUGCAUGCUCUGGACAAGCAGCAGUACAAGCCAUCAUAGGAGAGUCAGAGUCAUCUCCUACUAUAGUACUCACAAAAACUACAGGACCUUUUAAUAUCCCAGUGAUAAGCCAUGGGGCCACAUGUGAAUGUUUGAGCAAUAGAAAAGAGUACCCCUUUUUCUUCAGGACCAUAGCAAGUGACUACUACCAGAGCAGAGCAUUGGCAUAUUUGGUCAAGCACUUUGGCUGGUCUUGGGUGGGAGCUGUGAACAGUGAUAAUGACUACGGAAACAAUGGAAUGGCCAUUUUUCUGAAUGCAGCCAAAGAGGAGGGGAUAUGUGUCGAGUACUCUGAGAAGUUUGAUCGAUCAGAUACUGCCAAAAUCAUGAAAGUGGUGGAUAUUAUUAAGAAAGGCACAGCCAAGGUAGUUAUUAUAUUUAUUGCCCAAGCCGACAUGAAUGUUCUAAUAGACCAGCUUAUUCUGAAGAAUGUCACCGGCUACCAGAUGAUUGGUGUAGAGUCAUGGAUUACUGCAAUCAAUCUAGCAACUCCAGCAAGUUACAAUGUACUGAUUGGAUCCAUUGGAUUGGAUGUAGGGAAAUUGAACAUUGGUGGUUUUGCUGACUAUGUUAUAAAAGAGUUUUGGGAAACAGAUUUCCCUUGCUUGAACAAAGAGGGAAACAUUUCUCAAACCGAAAACAACUGCAAGAGAUAUGAGGAAAUAAUUCCCUUUAAAAACUACAACGAAGAUAUAUCUGAAUUGAGAUAUGCAAAUAACAUCUACAGUGCAAUUUAUGCUGUGGCACAUUCUCUACACAGCCUGUUGAGAUGCACAGAAAAAAAGAAUUGUGAAAAUGACAAGACAAUACAAUCAUGGCAGGUUGUUGAGUCUCUGAAAAAAGUUAAUUUCACUACUAAAGCAGGAGAACAUAUCUGGUUUGAUAGCACUGGGGCAACAGCUGCAAAAUAUGACGUGGUCAACUGGCAACAAGGUUUUGGCAGGGAAGUGCAAUUUAAGGUAGUUGGCUAUUAUGAUGCCUCUCUGCCAAGUGGACAACAGUUUGUCCUAAAUGCUGAAGAUAUUGUUUGGGCUGGAGAGAAGAAAGAGAAGCCCAGGUCUGUGUGCAGUGAAAGCUGUCCUCCAGGAACCAGGAAAGCUGCACAGAAAGGAAGGCCUGUCUGCUGUUAUGACUGUAUACCAUGUGCAGAGGGAGAGAUCAGUAACCAGACAGGUAAUUUCAGCAUUACCAAGUUUCAAAGACAUUUUUUUUGUUGUACAUUUUUCAUCCUCCUCCUAUUAUUUAGGAUACAGUUCCUGAAAAAUGGCAUCAAUAAAUGAAACCAUGAUGAAUAUUUAUUUUAUUUUCUAAUAAGAAUAAACAUGAUUAUUUUGCAGAUUCAAAUAACUGUGAGCAGUGUCCAGGG